CAGCGAAAAGCGCGGGAUACGCGGUGACGAAUAAGAUUGCGCGACACAUAAAACGCUAAAAAUAAAAACGCAUAUCGUUAUCACUUAAACUCAGUUCGAAAUAUUGAAAGACAUGGACGUGGAAGAGUUCCGGACGCGUGGCAAGGAGAUGGUGGACUACAUCUGCGAGUACAUGACGAACUUAAACAACCACAGAGUGACCCCCGAUGUGGAACCGGGUUACCUGAGGAAGCUCAUCCCCAGCGAGGCUCCUGUGGAACCGGAAGAAUGGGAUAACAUCAUGGAAGAUGUGGAUAAAAAAAUUAUGCCCGGAGUAACACACUGGCAGCACCCCAGGUUUCACGCUUAUUUUCCCAGUGGAAAUUCGUACCCUUCAAUUUUGGCGGACAUGCUCUCCGAUGCCAUUGGAUGUAUUGGAUUCUCAUGGGCCGCUAGUCCCGCAUGCACAGAACUCGAGACCAUCGUCAUGGACUGGUUAGGAAAAGCCAUCGGCCUGCCCAAUGAUUUCAUCACCUCGUCAAAAGGCAGCAGGGGUGGCGGCGUCAUCCAGACCUCAGCCAGUGAGUGCGUGCUGGUCAGUAUGCUAGCUGCGAGGAACCAGGCCAUUCAAUAUUUGAAGCGCAACAAGCCUCACGUGGAAGACAACGUGUUCCUCCCCAAACUAGUAGGUUACUGCUCCAGAGAAGCCCAUUCUUGCGUUGAGAAAGCAGCUAAGAUAUUGUUAGUUAAGUUGAGGAUCCUCGACCCCGAUGAGAACGGCAGUAUGAGGAGAGAAACGUUAGUGGACGCGAUGGAAAAAGACAAAGCCAACGGGUUAGUGCCCUUCUUCGUCUCCACGAUCUUAGGAUCCACCUCUAGCUGUUCCUUCGACAAUCUCCAAGAGAUCGGGCCAGUCUGCAAGGCGGAACCCUGCACUUGGUUGCAUGUCGACGCUGCGUACGCUGGAAAUGCGUUUAUUUGUCCAGAACUCAAACACUACCUCAGAGGAAUAGAGUAUGCAGAUUCCUUCAACACCAACGCCAACAAGUGGCUGUUGGUUAACUUUGACUGUUCUUGCCUUUGGGUACGCUGCAGGAUGAGGUUAACUCGCGCCCUUGUAGUAGAUCCCUUGUACUUGCAGCACGCCAACUCGGAUGAAGCGAUAGAUUAUAGACACUGGGGAAUCCCCCUGAGCAGAAGGUUCAGAUCCCUCAAACUUUGGUUCGUGAUUAGGAAGUACGGCUUGUCAGGUCUUCAGAAAUAUAUCAGAAACCAUAUCAAACUGGCAAAACACUUCGAAUCCUUAGUUAAAAAAGACAACAGGUUCGAAGUCGUGAACGACGUAAAAUUAGGUCUUGUUUGCUUCAGACUCCUAGCCCCCGACACGAUAAACCAGAAUCUAUUGGCCACAAUAAACGCUUCCGGGAAGCUACACAUGAUCCCCUCCAUGGUCAAGGACAAAUACAUAAUAAGGUUCUGCGUAACAGCUGAAAACGCCAAACACGAGGACAUAGAGUACGCAUGGAGGGUCAUCUCAGAACACGCCUCGGCCCUCUUGGGAGCGUUACCCACGAGGAAAGAAUUCGUCCGCCCUCCGCUCACAAGGCAGAAGUCCAAGAGGUUCUCCUUCACCAGGAGCGUGUCCAAAGAGAUGUACAAGAGAUCCAAGAGCAAGUCAAACCUCCACGACGGCGCUACUCCUAUUCUCGUGGCUGAUUCGGACGAAGAGAAUGAAGUCACGACUAAUGACAACGAUGAUAUCCUGGACAUGCUGACGAACUGCAAGAUUUUGCCGGAGGACGACGACGUGUUUAACAAGGACUGUGAAGAUAAUUUCAGGAUACUCCCGACGAGUCCCAAGGAGAUCGCGUGUAAUGGCGUAUGAAUUAGUAUAUGUUGUGUAUGUGCGGACUAUUUAUUUAUCUAGAUGAAUGCAUUGACAUCUAAGGACCUAUAAGUAUUAUGUAUAUUUUUGUAGGACCAAUGUAUAUAUCUCAGUAUUAUUAGGGUUAAGUUUAUUUACUUAUUUAUUUAUUUUUUUCUUUAUACUACUUUGUGUACUUAACUGAAGACAUAAAUAUAAAGUAUUUUA